AUGGCGUCGCGGUCGACGUCCGCGAUGGGCCACAUCGGCGGCGGCGGCGGCGCAGGCGUAGGCGCGCGCGAAAAGACGUACUUCGAGCAGCAGCGCGAGGCGUUGAUCGGCGAGAUAGCUAUGAGCUUCGAGCACGUCCUGGCCAACAUCAACAAGCUGAACCGAUCGCUGGAGGCUGUUGUAGCUGUCGGAAACGAGUUCUCCUCCGUCGAGGCACUGUGGUCGCAAUUCGAGAACGUCAUGGCGAAGGACGGCGACGAGGGCAAGACAGCGGCGGCCGAGGGCGAGGGGCAGCACACCCAGGGGCAAGGACAGGCACAGACGCAUGGACGAGGGGGUGACGAGGGAGAAGGCGGCGAAACGACGACGGCGAGACAGGGCGAGUGA